GUACGUGUUUGUUGAUAGCGGCACUAGCCUCGGAUGCAGAGCUUCUGUUUACUGUGGGCUGGGCGGAUUCUCAUCUAAAGGCCUCCAAACUGCAUCUUCCGGAUGUCCAAAUACAAACUUUUCCUGCUCAGGCAUGGAGAAGGGGCCUGGAAUAAGGAAAAUCGCUUCUGCAGCUGGGUUGACCAGAAACUAAGCAAGAAUGGGGUGGUGGAAGCCCAAGAGUGUGGCAGGCUCUUAAAAGAACAGGGGUACCAAUUUGACCAUGUUUUUACCUCAAUACUGAGCCGCUCCAUCCAGACAGCCUGUUUGGUGCUGGCGGCCAUGGGCCAAGAGUGGGUCCCAGUCACCAAAUCCUGGAGGUUAAAUGAGCGCCAUUAUGGUGCCCUAAUCGGCCUUAACCGGGCUGAGAUGGCAUUGAACCAUGGUGAGAAACAGGUUAAACUGUGGAGGCGUAGCUAUGAUAUCACUCCACCCCCCAUUAAUGAGUCGCAUCCCUAUUAUGCUGAAAUUUAUAACGACCGCAGAUACAGUACAUGUGAUGUUCCGAAAGAGGUACUGCCCAAAACUGAAAGUCUAAAGGAGGUGUUGGACAGACUUUUGCCAUACUGGAAUGAUGUCAUUGUACCGGUGAUCAAGAGUGGCCAAAAUGUCCUCAUCUCUGCACAUGGCAACAGCUGCAGAGCCUUGCUUAAACAUUUGGAAGAUAUUUCAGAAGCAGACAUUGUCAGUGUAACCUUGCCCACGGCAGUACCAGUCUUACUGGAGCUGGAUGAGGAUCUUCGACCCAUCAAGCCCCGUCAGCUCCUGGGUGACCAGGCCAAAAUUCAGGCAGCUAUCAAAAAGGUAGAGGAUCAGGGAAAGGUCUGUGCAGGAACUAAAUAAGGAUUCUUUGUGAAGAGUCAAAACCAUGCAGAUCGGAGUUAUUCAAAAAGUAAAGAUAUUGAUGCUAAAAGUUGCUCAAUAAGUCCUGAAGCACUGAAUCAUUAUAUUUGGUAAUAUCAGAAAACAGGUCAGCUCCUCUAACUGUUGGAGUCUUUAUUGAGGCACAGGUUUCUGAUUCAAAAGAGUUUAGAUUUAUUAAGAAUAUUUUCUCAUUGCAGUAGAAGUAAAAUGCAAUAGUAGAUACUGAUAUCAAUUUAUUUAAACUGGUCUUUUAAUGGAACAUGUUUCUUUUUUGUUAUCUUUCUCAUCCAAACCUGUUAAUUUCUGAAAAACGGUGGUGCCUUUGGAAAAAAUAGAAUCUGUAAAUUGUCUAAUAAAAAUGUAUUGAUAUUAAUGUAGAGCUAAUUCUUACAUUUGUGUUUGAAAAACAAGAAAUACUGGGAGAUUUCCAAAUAGAAAGGGAUCAUUUGAAAAAGUAGUAAAAAAAGAGAAAGAGCUUAUACCUGCAGAAAUCAAUACGUGACCAUCCAGAGUUACCUUGAUAUAUUGACUCCACUGUCAGGACCUUCCAAGGUACAGUUGAAACCUAAUAUCUUACUUUUAGAAAGUACUUUUAAAACAGAAUUAUUUAAAAGGGACACUUUGUUUUUAACAAUGUAUUUAUUAGCAGAAAUAUUAAGGUAAGUGUUAAGACUAACUUAUAUUCAGUUUUAAGAUGAGCUGACUCAUGCAACAGCAAACAGCAAACUCUCACUAGACCUUUUUUACUGUACUUCAUUAUGAUGUACCAACCAAUAUUAACCCAAACAUGUGCAAAGAGAACCGCAAAUAGCGUGAGCUCAGCUGCUCUCGACCGGCAAGUCACCAUUGCACAAAUAGUUGUUUGAAAUGUAUGUGCAUUGUAAUACCUGUUUUUAGUUUAUUUUGUGUAUUUAAUAUUGCACAAAACUGUACUGUAUCAAUAGAGAAUAUAUUAUAUGUUUGUACUUUUUUGUUAUAAUGGUCAUGGAUUUCACUGUUACAUGUUUAGAUGUACUACCCCUGCUUAACAACUGUGAUAGAGUUUUGGGACAUUAUAACUCAUUGUGUUAUUUUUUUCACCAUUCUACAGCACUGGUAUGCUAAGAUUAGCACAUCAAGUGGUAAAACAUUUCACACCUAUUACAUUUUGAAAUAGUUUAUUGUAGACUAAUGUAAAAUAUUAAAGAUUACAAUUAUAAAU